CUCGGACCGUGACUUGGAACUUCCGUCUUCCUUCAUCUCGUCCUUAUCCCUCGACUGAACGGCUUCCUCUGAACUACUUGCAUGCAUGCACUGAGAACCUCAAACUACGUUAUAUGCGUUGGCAAAACUUGCACAAGCAACCGGACGCUUCAGAACCGCUUGCGGCUGACCCCAUGAGCAUACGGGCUCUCAAGGAUAUCUCCUUUGGUUCUAUGGUCUCUCAGCUAUAUCGCCAGCCCUCAAAUUGCACGAAGGUCCGAACAUAUUCGCAAAUCCUAGACGCAUCCGCACGAUGGAAUGCGCCAACAGACCGUCUGAUGCCAGUGUAGACAUGGAAGAAGGAAGGGUAUACGGGGACUCCUCAGGUUGGAACAAUGGAGGAGAACGUGUCACUUU